AUGUCGCCGAUUGACUCCUACAGACAGAUGUUGGAACGCAUGCGCGAGGCUGGAUCGUCUAACAGCGAGCAGCAACAGGUGAUGGCCUCGCACGAGGCGAAGCUGAGGGUACCUCGAAUGGCUUCUUCUAAGCGACAUGGACUUCUCACGCCGGAGCAGAGGAGGGUGGCUCAGAGUCAGCGGCAAGCGCUGAGGAAGUCGCAGCGACAGCGAGAGAAGAACGAGCGGCAGGCGGAAAGACGACGUGAACUAGAGGAGCAGAAGGCACUGCGAGAAGAGGAGAGAGAAGAAGAGAAGGCACGAAACGCUCAGGAGCAGCGGCAGCGGAGAGCGCACGCGCACGCGCAGAAGCUGGCUCAGAAACCGGCCCGCGAGCGCGAGAGACUGAGCUAUUGCAUUCUCACGGGCACCUUACAUCCCGAAUACGACUUCUAA